CUAUCACAAAAAGAGGAAGUGGCGGAGAAAGAGCAGUCAAACACAUGCACUCAAAGAGCAACCGCAAUCAUGAGCAUCCCAGUCUGGGGAACCGAACCCUUCAACCGCUCUUCCAAUGAAACCUUCUCCACGUGCGAGCAGCGCCACGGCGCCUGGAUCGGCUACGUCUUCAUGGUGGUCUACAGCCUGGUUUUUCUGAUGGGUCUGCUGCUGAACGGCUUGACGCUAAAGGUUUUUCAGCGUGGUGCUCGUUCAUCACGCUGCGUCACUGUCUACCUGAAGAACCUGGCGGCCGCCGACUUCCUGCUGACUCUUUGCCUUCCCUUCCGCAUCGCCAAGCACGCCGGCGCUUUCCGCCUGCACCUUUGGGUCUACUGCAGUUUCGGGGCACCGGCCUUCUACCUCAACAUGUACGCUAGCAUCCUGUUCAUGGGAUACAUCGCCGCCAACAGGUACCUGAAGAUCGUCCAUCCCUUAGGAACGCACUCGCUACAGUCGGUGCGGGCGGCUCACGUCGUCUCAACAAUUUCGUGGCUGGUCCUUUUAACCCUGGCGGGAACUUACGUGGUCCUGUCACUGGUCUCUGGCCAGGCUCUGACCCGGCCGUCGAGCUGUGAGGAACAACUAAGUGGGCAGUUAAAGGUCUUUUACAAGGCAGCUCACGUUUUCUCGGCCGCCAUCUUCUUACUGGUCCUGGCGGCGCUGCUCUUCUUCUAUGGCAGCACCUCCCGCAGGCUGGCGGCGGUGCAGCGUCGCCGGCCCUCCUCGUCCGGAUCGCGCCGGCUGGCUCGGUCGCGGCGCAACAUGCUGGUCCUGUCCGCCAUCUUCUGCGUGUGUUUCGUGCCCUACCACCUGGUGCGUCUGCCAUACGCCGUGUCGGAGCACGCCGACGGCUCGGCCUUUUUCUACCUGAAGGAGGCCGCCGUCGCCCUGUCCGUUCUCAACGUCUGCCUGGACCCGCUCAUCUACUUCACGUUCUGCAAAGCGUUUCGGCAGCAGCCGGGGCGAGGCGGCGCCAUCGCGUCGGCGAAGCUCGCCAUCGCCAACCCGGAGACCAGCGACGGGCAAAUGUUGAAGAAGACGUCUGGUUACCCUUCCACUACUGACUUCACUUGACAGUUGCCUUAAAUGACUUCUUUUCAAUGACCUUUGAUGGGAACGUUGCCCCCACCAACAUGGCUGCCAGUCUGCCAUAUAGACUAAGUGGGGGCAUAUAAUACAAUGAUACAGACCUAUCAACAGAAAAUAGUAGGAAUUAAACAGGAAGUUUAUCAGAAGUGCCCCAAAAAUCAACACAUAGUGACCCAAAAUGCACCAAAAUUAACAUGAAAUUAACAGAAAAUGAACAGGAAGUGACAUAGAAAUGCCCCUAAAUCAACAGGAAGUGACCAAAAAUGUACCAAAAUUAACAAGAAACGAAUCAAAAUCAACAGGAAGUGAAUGAGAAGUGCCCCAAAAUCAAUUGGAAGUGACCCAAAAUGCUACGAAAUUAACGGGAAAUUAGUCAAAAUCAACAGGAUGUGACCUGAAAUGGACCAAAAUUACCAGGAAGUCAACAAAAAUCAAUAGGAAGUAACUAAAAAUGCACAAAAAUUAACAGGUGUCAACCAAAAUCAACAGCAAGUGACCCAGAUAUGCCCCGGAAAUAGCAGGAAGUGACCCCCUAAAUGCCCUAAUAUCAACAAGAAGUGACCAAAAAUGCACUAAAAUUAACAGGAAAUGAACCCAAAACUAACAGGAAGACGACCAAAAUCAAUAGGAAGUGACCCAUAAAUGCCAUGAAAUCAACAGGAAGUUACCCCAAACCAACAGGAAGUGACCCCAAGUCAACAGGAAAUAACCCAAAACAGUAAUUAACCCAGAAAUGCCACCAAAUCAACAGGAAGUAACCCAAAAUAAACAGGAAGUGACCCCUCAAUGCACCAAAACUAACAGGAAGACAACCAAAAUCAACAGGAAGUGACCCCUAAAUGCACCAAAAUCAACAGGAAGUAACCCAAAAUAAACAGCAUUUAACUCAGAAAUGCCCCAAAGCCAACAGGAAGUGACCCAAAAUCAACAGGAAGUAACUCAAAACAGUAAUUAACCCAGAAAUGCCACCAAAUCAACAGGAAGUGACCCAAAAUAAACAGGAAGUGACCCCUCAAUGCACCAAAACUAACAGGAAGACAACCGGUAUCAAUAGGAAGUGACACCUAAAUGCCCUAAAACCAACAGGAAGUGACCCAGAAUCAACAGGAAGUAACCAAAAACAGCUAUUAACCCAGAAAUGCCACCAAAUCAAUAGGAAGUGACCCAAAAUAAACUGGAAGUGACCCCUCAAUGCACCAAAACUAACAGGAAGACAACCAAAAUCAAUAGGAAGUGAGCCCUAAAUUCCCCAAAAUCAACAGGAAGUUACCCAAAACCAACAGGAAGUGACCCUAAAUCAACAGAAAGUAAACCAAAAUUAACAGAAAUUAACUCAGAAAUGCCCCAGACCCAACAGGAAGUGACCCCUAAAUGCCCCGCAAUCAACAGGAAGUGACCCCAAAUCAACAGGAAGUAACCCCCCAAAAAACAGUAAUUAACCCAGAAAUGCCACCACAUCAACAGGGAGUGUCUCAAAAUCAACAGGAAGUAACCCAAAACAAACAUGACUUAACACAGAAAUGCCCCCUAAUCACCAGGAAGUGACAAAAAAUCAGCAGGAAGUGACCUCUAAAUACGCCAAAAUAAAAAGAAAGUUACCUGACCUAUCACCGGAAUGAGUAAGAAAUGAGCGUGUUCGGAAUUCUUUUCAUUUACCAAUAAAAUGUAAUGUUGCCCCUACCAACAUGGCUGCCAAAUAAGCCAAGUGGGGGCAAAUAAUACAUUGAUAAAGGCAAAUACUGGAAACACGUCCUUUUUUUUUAUUAGCUUUUAAUUGUACUCUGGGCUUGCAGAAAAGCUGCACUUUCAUCAAAAUGCAAUAUAUAUGUAUAUGCACAGUAUAUCAAUUCAUUGGCUGCCAUUGACAGCGAUGGACGUCCAAUCCAUUUGAAGUGGUAGAGCUUGCAGUUAUCAUCCUAUGAGCAUGUUUGACAGGAAUGUUGCCCCCACUAACAUGGCUGCCAAAUAGGCCAAGUGGGGGCAAAUAAUACAUGAGUAGAGCCAAAGCCAUCAGUGAAAACAUGGUAUACUACGCAUACGAUUGCCUCAUCCUAUUACUAUGCGCGAACUAUUGUCCAUUUUGGCUUACUGUAACUCAUUCUCCUUUGGAUGUGGAAAAAAUGUUGAAAAUUCAAAGCGAGACGGUCCGUAGCGGGAUGACUUUUUGUCCUUUUUAGGCCAGCGAACAGCACGGCGGAGGAACCGGGUCAUUUGGUGUCGUGGGAACGGGGAAAAAAAAAUAAAUAAACACGUGCUUUCAAUUUGAGCCGACGUCACUUUUAGCUUCACUUCUCGGCUGUUUUGUAGACUCUUUGCCGGCCAUUGAUGGGGAUAGAUGUCCUAUCAAUGGCGCUGAUACAAGAGCAUUUGCAGCUAGAGUUGCUGGUUUAAACGAGUAGGACAUUUUUGGCGGGAAACGGUUCUGGUACAAUUUGGGACUAAUUUCCUAUGCAUUUUGGGCCAUUUUCUGUUGAAUUUAGAGCAUUUAUGAACCACUUCCUGUUCAUUGGGUACUGCCGACUACUUAAGGGGCAUUUCCAGGUUACUUCCUGUUGGUUUUGGGUCAUUUCUUGUUGAUUUUGGGGCAUUCAAGUUUCACUUCCUGUUGACUUUGGGGCAUUUCUGGUUCAAUUCCUGUUUAUUUUGCGUGACUUCCUGUUGAUUUUGUGGUAUUAAUGGGUCCUUGGGCCACUUCUUGUUCAUUGGGUACUGCCUACAAAUUUUGGGGACAUUUCCAGGUUACUUUCUGUUGGUUUUGGGUUACUUCCUGUUGAUUUUAGAACAUUUCUGGAUCAAUACCUGUUAAUUUUGGGUGACUUCCUGUUGGUUUGUGGUCACUUCCUGUUGGUUUUGGGUCAUUUAUUGGACUUUGGGACACUUCCUGUUCAUUGGGUACCUUCAAACUAAUUUUGGGGUAUUUCUAGGUUACUUCCUGUUGCUUUUGGGGCAUUUACAGGUCACUUCCUGUUGAUUUUGGGGCAUUUACGGUUGACUUCCUUUUGACUUUGGGGCAUUUUUGGGUCAAUUCCUGUUUAGUUUGGGCAACUUCCUCUAGAUUUUGAGUCACUUCCUGUUGAUUUUGGAUCAUUUAUGGGUCUUUGGGCCACUUCCUGUUCAUUGGGUACUGCCUAUUAAUUUUAAGGUAUUUCUCAGUUACUUCCUGUAUGUUUUGGUGCAUUUACGGGUCACUUCCUGUUCAUUUUGGUGCAUUUAAGGUUCACUUCCUGUUUCACUUUGGGGCAUUUCUUGGUCUUUGGGCCACUUUCUGUUCAUUGUAUACUGCCUAUUCAUUUUUGGGCAUUUCCAGGUUACUUCCUGUUGAUUUGGGGGCAUUUAAAGGGCAUUUCCUGUUAAUUUUGGUGCAUUUUAGGUUAACUUCCUGUUGACUUUGGGGUAUUUUUUGGUCUUUGGGCCACUUCCUGUUUAUUGGGUACUGCCGACUAAUUUUGGGGCAUUUCCAGGUUACUACUUGUUGGUUUUGGGUCACUUCCUGUUGAUUUGGGGGCAUUUAUAGGUCACUUCCUGUUGGUUUUUGGUCAUUUAUGGGUCUUUGGGCCACUUCCUGUUCAUUGGGUACUGCCUACAAAUUUCUGAGCAUGUCCAGGUUACUUCCUGUUGGUUUUGGGGCAUUUAUGGGUCACUUCCUAUUAAUUUUGGUGCAUUUAAGAUUCACUUCCUGCUGCAUUUCUGGGUAUUUUGGGUGACUUUCUCUAGAUUUUGGGUCACUUCCUGUUGAUUGGGUACUGCCUACUAAUUUUGGGGCAUUUCCAGGUUACUUCCUAUAGGUUUGGGUCACCUCCUGUUGAUUUUGGAGCAUUUAAGGUUCACUUCCCGUUCACUUUGGGGCAUUUAACCCCAUAACCAUGUUUAUUUUGGGUGAUAUCCUGUUGAUUUUGGGUCACUUCCUGUUGAUUUUGGGUCAUUUGUGGGCCAUUUCCUGUUUAUUUUAGUUGUCUUGGUGUAAUUAUGGGUCACUGUUAAUUUUGGGGCAUUUCUGGGUCAACUAGUGUUUAUUUGGGCUUACUUCUUGUUGAUUUUGGGUCACUUCCUGUUGAUUGUGGGGCAUUUAUGGGUCACUGAUGAUUUUGGGGCAUUUCAGGGACAUUUGGUGUGGUUUUGGGUUACCUCCUGUUGAUUUUAGGGUGUUUCCAGUUCCAUUUUCUGUGCUAUGUGUGGUUUUGAGUGAUUGUUUUGAUGAAUUUUGAUGCCUAACAUAUUCAGAGUGAUUAUUAUGCCGAUUGCAGUUUUGAAUGAUUGUUUUGACUAAAGAAGUUUGUGAUUGUCAUGCCACACAUUCCUUUUCAAAGUAACUUUUAAGGUAAUUGUCAUUUUGAGUGCUUGUUUUGAUAAUACGAGUGUGUGAUUGUUAUGACACAAGUAGCUUUUCAGAGUGAUUAGCAUGCCAAAUUUAGUUUUGAAUGAUUGUUUUUGAUGGAACAAGGUUUGGUUUGUCAUGCCUUCAGUGGCUUUUCAGAGUGAUUUUUAUGUAAUUUUGAAUGAUUGUUUUGACGAAACAAUUGUGCGAUUGUUACGCCACACAUGCCAUUUCAGAGUAACUUUUAAGCUAAUUGUUUGUUUUUGAGGAAAUGAUAAAUUAUUUUGAUGCCAUACAUAUUUCAGAGUGAUUGUUAUGCUAAUUUUAGUUUUGAGUGUUCUGACUAAACAAGUGCGCGACUGUCAUGCCACACAUGCCUUUACAGAGUAAUUUUUUAAAGCAAUUGUAGUUUUGAAUGUUAUUUUUGAUGAAACGAGUGUGUGAUUGUUAUGACACAAGUAGCUUUUCAGAGUGAUUAUCAUGUCAAAUUUAGUUUUGAAUGCUUUCAUGAAAUUAAAAAUAAUUUUGAUGCCAUACAUCUUUCAGAGUGAUUGUUAUGCCAAUUUUAGUUUUGAUUGUCCUCACUAAACAAGCGUGUGAUUGUCAUGCCACACAUACCCUUUCAGCGUAUUUUUUAAAGCCCAUUGUAGUUAUGAACGUUUGUUUUGAUGAAAUGAGUGUGUGACUUGUGAUGACACAAGUGACUUUUUUGAGUGAUUAUCAUGCCAAAUUUAGUUUUGAAUGAUUGUUUUCGAUUAAACAAGUGUUGGAUUGUAUGGCCACUUUGUAGUUUUGAAUUAUUGCUUUGAUGAAACUCAAAAUAAUUUUAUGCCAUCCAUAUUUCAGAGUGAUUGUUACGCAAAUUGUAGUUUUGAUUGUUCUAACUAAAGAAGUGUGUGAUUGUCAUGCCGCCUACCUUUUCAGAGUGAUUGUUAUGCUAAUUGUAGUUUUGAGCGUUUGUUUUGAUGAGACGAGUGUGUGAUUUUUAUGACAAGUAACUUUUCAGUGUGAUGAUCAUGCCAAAUUUAGUUUUGAAUGAUUGUUUUUGAUUAAACAAGCGUUGGAUUGUUAUGCCACUCAUAGUUUUGAAUGAUUGUUUUUGAGGAAAUGAUGAUAAUUAUGAUGCCUACAUAUUUCAGAGUGAGUGUUAUGCCAGUUGUAGUUUAGAUUGUUCAAACUAAAGAAGUGCGCGAUUGUCAUGUCACACAUACCUUUUCAGAGUAAUUUGUAAAACAAUUGUAGUUUUGAAUUUUUGUUUUGAUGAAACGAAUGUUUGAUUGUUAUGAUACAAGUAGCUUUUCAGAGUGAUUAGCAUGCCAAAUUUAGUUUUGAAUGUUUUUCAUGAAACAAGUGUUGGAUUGUUAUCCCACUUAUAGUUUUGAAUGGUUGUUUGGGCGGAAAUGACGAAUAAUUAUGAUGCCAUACAUAUUUCAGAGUGAUUGUUAUGCCAAUUGUAGUUUUGAUUGUUCAGACAAAACAAGUGUGUGAUUGUU